AAAAUGAUUUAUUAAAAAUAAAAUCAAUUAGUGCAACUUGGCGCUCGCUAAUAAAGAAACGUUCUUCACAGUAUUCAAUAUUCUUUCUUCGUUGCAAUUGCAUUAAUUUUUGUAAAAACAACUAUUUUUUCUGGCUGCUCUUUCAAAAGUUGUCUGUGGAGUGGAUCCCAUAACAACGAACCAAUCAACCCAAUACAUGCGCGUGUAGUUAUAUAGAUAAGUACAAAGGCUUCUUAAGGAGGGAGUUCGAACUUUGGUAUCGAAGAAAGUAAAGAUUUUUCUAAACUAAAAGCCAAUAACAAUGAACUGGGUAUUCUUCUUCUCUGUGAGUGUGAGUCUAUGGCUUCUUUUGGUGGAUGUAGCUAUGGCAGCGACUGCAGAUGCUUACGAGAGAACACUUGAUCAGACACCCACAUGGGCUGUUGCCGGCGUUUGCGCCGUUAUCAUUAUCAUAUCAAUAGGCUUGGAAAAAGUUCUUCAUAAGCUUGGAACGUGGUUUACAGAUAGGCACAAAAGAGCACUAUUUGAAGCCCUUGAGAAGGUUAAAGCUGAGUUGAUGAUUCUGGGUUUCAUUUCACUUAUCCUGACCUUUUUCCAGAGUUACAUUGCCAGAAUAUGUAUCCCCAUUAAUGUAGCGCAGACCAUGUUGCCAUGUACUCUUAAGGAAGUAGAAAAAACUGAUGAAGAAGAACAUCGCCGUAGACUUUUAUGGUUUGAGCACAGAGUUUUAUCUGCUGUUGACGCUAUUCCUAAAUGCAAAACUGGAUACGAACCACUUAUUUCUGUUGAAGGAUUGCAUCAGUUGCACAUCCUCAUAUUCUUCUUAGCUUGUUUUCAUGUGCUAUUCAGUGGUAUCACAAUGUUGCUUGGGAGGCUAAAGAUUCGUGGUUGGAAGAAAUGGGAGCUGGAAACGUUAACCCAUGACUACGAAUUUUCAACUGAUCCAUCAAGAUUCAGACUUACUCAUGAGACAUCAUUUGUCCGAGCACAUACCAGCUUCUGGACUAGGACCCCAAUCUUUUUCUAUAUCGGAUGCUUCUUUCGACAAUUUUUUAAGUCUGUUAGUAAGUCGGACUACUUGACAUUACGCAACGGAUUUAUCUCGGUGCAUUUGGCUCCUGGAAGUAAAUUUGACUUUCAAAAGUAUGUCAAGAGAUCCUUGGAAGAUGACUUUAAGUUAGUUGUUGGAGUAAGUCCUGUCUUAUGGGCGUCAUUUGUGAUCUUCUUGUUGCUGAACGUUGCAAAAUGGCAAGCAUUAUUUUGGGCAUCUUUGAUCCCUCUUAUUAUAAUCUUAGCUGUUGGAAUUGAACUUCAAUCCAUCUUGACAAAGAUGGCUGUCGAAAUCACUGAGAGGCACGCUGUAGUCCAAGGAAUUCCUCUUGUGCAGGGAUCAGAUAAAUACUUUUGGUUUGGUCGGCCCCAAUUGGUCCUUCAGCUAAUCCAUUUUGCUUUGUUUCAGAAUGCUUUUCAAAUAACAUACUUCCUGUGGAUAUGGUAUUCAUAUGGAUUAAAAUCUUGCUUCCAUGCUAAUUUCAAGCUUGCCAUUAUGAAAGUUUCUAUGGGGGUUGGUGUCCUAUGUUUGUGCAGCUACAUUACACUUCCACUCUAUGCCCUUGUAGCUCAGAUGGGUUCAGGAAUGAAGAGAUCCAUCUUUGAUGAACAAACAUCUAAGGCCCUUAAGCAGUGGCGCAUGGCUGUGAAGAAGAAGCAUGGAGGAAGAUCCCCCAAGUCCCCCAGUGUUACCCUUGGUGCUGGAAGCUCAACUCUAUCCAAGGUGCAUUCCUCAGGACACACACUGCACCGAUUCAAAACCACUGGUCACUCAACUCACUCAAUGCCCUAUGACGAUAAUGAGAUAUCUGAUAUUGAAUCUGAUAUGAUGUCUCCCUCUGCGACAACAAACUUGAUUGUAAGAGUCGAUCACGAGGACGAAAUGGAAAUGAAUGUACACAGAGAACAGGAAACCAGAAAUGAAGAUGACUUUUCAUUUGUAAAGCCCGCUCCACUGAAGUAAUUAUAGUGGUAGCUGGCUUGACGUUAACUGCACAUAAUUUAUUGUAUUGAAUUGUUUUGUGAUGCUCAUUAUAUAUAUGAGCUAAAUGCAGUAUACUUUGUACAUUAUCAGUAAUAAUUCUUUUUCCAUAA